AUCUGUUUACAAAAUAUUAUUCAUAUUCAUACUCAUACACAAUCAGCGAAUUUCGGAAUUGUAAACCCCCCAAAAUCGAAAUGCUACCGGUGUGGAAUAGUGAGCCAUAUAGCCCGGGACUGUAAAAAUCCAAAACGAAAACAACAUUCCAGGAUCAAUGAUUUUUUGUGUGAUACAUUGUACUAUUAUUGUGCUGAUAAUCCUCCCCAACGAAAUUUGGAAUUGUCGUGCUUAAAUCAAAAACUUAAUGAUAAUAUUGAACAUGGUACAAAACUUCAAAAAAAGAAAACAUUUUUUUCAAAAAUAUAUAGUUUUAUUAAUGACGAAAUAGAAAAAUACGAACGUCCAGAUUCGUUUCUGUCUUUUUUAAGAAGCGAGUAUAGUGAAAAAGAUAGUGUGUCGAUUGGUACUAAUUUCAAGUACGAUAGUUAUUUUAUGCCAGCUAUCCCUGUGUAUAAUAUAAGUGCAAUUCAAAAGUAUAAUUCUGAAAUAUCAGAUAGUACACAUAAGAUAACUAUAUCUGAAAUAGGUAGUACACUAAAUUUGAAAUCUGAUUUUGUUGAAGAUCCGUCUACAUUUUUUCUAAAAGAAAAAAGUCCUACUAUAUUGACCAAAUCAUUGGCUAUAAAUUCAUCAUCAUCAUCAGAAGACUCUAAUACUUCCGAUAUUGAAAAUGUAAAAUCCAUAAAAAAAAAGUAUACAACUUUAUACAAGAAAGAACCAUGGAUUACAAAACGUUUAUAUGAUUUUUUGAUACGUAAAUUAGAAAAAAAAUAUAACAUAUAUUCAGUGAAGUAUGCUGAAAAGUUUUUAAUAUAUUUAUCAUCGAUUUUGAAAGCUAUGCGAUCUGAUGAAGAUGCAAAUUUACAAAUGUACACUGAUAUGAUCAGACAUUACAUGGCAAAACAUCAUAUCAUUGUAAAUAAUUUUGAUUAUUUUGAAUUCAUUACUGAUUACAUUCCAAAACCAUUUUAUAGCAAAUUAUUACCUACUUGGGAUUUAACCAUUUCUCCAGUUUUAUUUGAUCCGAGAAAAGUAUAUGAUCCUAUUAUGGAAGAUGAUGAAUUUUUAAAUCAAUUUUAUUAAUUUAAU